AGAAUUGUAUGAAUUGUGUUGUCAUGUCAUUGAUCCAGAGACAAAGACUAACAAAAAGUAAUCGAUCUAUACAAGUGAAUGGCUUUCAGAACAAAUGCUGUCGUAAGUUUAAAUAAAGGUAUACAACGUAUAGAUAAUUAUAGUUCGAAAUGACGCGUUAUAUCGCCGAAAGCAUAUCGAAAAAAAGCAAUCAGAGCGGCUGUAAUUUUCUUCCAAUCCCGAAGGGGCAGCGGUGAGUCCGGCGGCGCUCAGGAUUGUUCCGCGGUCACUGCGGCUCUGUGUAUUUGUUGAAAUGGCGAAGUUUGGCGAUUUAAAAGCCUUUCUUGAAUCUUCAUUAAAUGAAAUCUUCCGUGCGACCGUCAGUGACAUUCUAGAUUCAGUGGAACAAACUGUCGGCGAGUAUCAGCAUAAAAUUCAGCGAAUUGAGUCCGAAAAUGAAGAUCUGAGAAAACGACUGUGUGCAGAAGAAAACAGGACAAAUUAUAUCAAAACUGAUGAAGAUUGUGUUGUGGCUCAGCUUGACUUUUCAAGAGACACUUUCAGCCAGACUUCAUCUGCUCAUAUGAAUGAAUACAAUGAUCAGACGAAGAUGGUUGGAGAUUUACUGUGCAGCCAUACAAAAUCACAAACCACAGAUGUCACGUCGUUCCAGCUAAACAAGGAUUGUGCAACAACAUAUUUAUUUGUAAAGGCCGACCCAGACACGGAGGAUGGAUGUGCUGUCGACCUUUCAGAUCCUCAUGCGUCUCCUAAAUACACCUGUAAAGAAAUAAAAAUAGAGGAUACUAAGGAGAACUUUGACUCUGAACAUCACGCUUUAUUUAAACAUCCGUUAGAGCCAGAGAUCAACUCUAAUGACUGUGAUGUUAAAGUAACGGUAGUGUCAGACACACACCUUUAUCAUGUUGAUGAAGGUGAGUGCAGCAGACAUGCAGCGUUGGAGAAUGGAGUACGGGAGUCACCGGAGCCCGAUAUCAUCUCUGAUGAAGAGUCUAAUACAGACAGACUGUCCGAUGAGGGACUUUCUGGACUGCUGCAUAUGACGGCGUCGACGCCAAACUCACAAGAGCUGACACCAAAUUAUUCCCGCGGUCAGUUUAACAAGAGCGUCAAGCGCCAAGCAUCACGCAGCAUCCAAAUGAGACCUCAAAGCUCUGAGAAGAUGCACAUCUGCGGCCAAUGCGGGAAGGGGUUCGACCGAGCCGAUCUCCUGAAGAACCACCAGCGCACGCACACGGGAGAAAGACCCUUCGCCUGUAACCUGUGCGGGAAGAGCUAUGGCCACCAGGGCCAGCUGCGCAUCCACAAGAGGAUCCACACAGGCGAGAGGCCGUACUGCUGCCCGCACUGCGGCAAACGAUUCAACGAACACAACCAGCUUAAAGUCCACCUACGGACCCACACGGGCGAAAGGCCAUACACCUGCACCGUAUGUAGCAAAACCUUCACCAAUGCCGGAAACCUGAGGAGCCACCAGAGAGUCCACACCGGAGAGAAGCCAUACGCCUGCGGCCAGUGCGGGAAGAGGUUUAACGGUAUGGGUGACCUUAAAACACACUACCGCAUUCAUACGGGCGAAAAGCCGUACCGCUGUGAGCUGUGCACCAAGACCUUCAGCCAGGCCGGGCAUCUGACCAUCCACAAGCGCAUGCACACCGGCGAGAGGCCAUACAGCUGUGGUGAGUGUGGGAAGCGCUUCACGGUGGCCAGUAGCCUGAAACUGCACCAAUUAACACACACCGGAGAGAAACUGCACACCUGCUCGCACUGCGAUAAGAGCUUCAGCCGGGCCGGACACCUCAAGAGACACGAGCUGGUCCACUCCAAAGAGAAGCUGUAUUGCUGCACGCACUGCGACAGGAAAUACAGUGACCAGUCGUCUCUGAAGAAACACCAGAAACUGCACAUGACGGCCGAGAAUGAAGUUGACCAGAGCGCUGCUGCAGCGCUUGUCACAGAGUAGCAGUGACCAGACCGUAACAUGUUCCUGCAUCUUCAUUCAUCUUCCUCAUCAUGUUCCCCAGUAUCGCUUCUUACAAUAAACAUGUUGAAUCUGCUGGGUUAAAGCGACCGUUUGAUUGAAAUGAUGGUUCCUGUGAUUGAAAAUAUAAUUUUGAAAUGCAUUGAAUCAUAACGACUUAAGGAUCGUGAGAUCUGAUGUUCAUCCCUAAUACUGAAUGGUUGUCAUAUUCAUGUUUAAGAAUACCAUGGCAUUAUCAUGGUAGAUUUUGGCCCGUUGCACAGUACACAUACUGUAUUGAUGUUUGAUAAUAUAGAUAGGUCUUCAUUCCUUUAGACAGUGUGUUUUCUGUCUGUGAUUGUAUAAAUUAAUGUUGUCGUCCUGUAUGACCUAGUCUGUUAAAUAUCAGUUAUGAUGUGAGCACAUCUUAGAUGAAAUGCAAUUUAACUUAAGCACCUUCUAUAAGAUGUUCUCUAUUGUAUUGUGAAUUAAUGUUAAUAAUUUCAACUCCUCUUAAAUGUUAACUCAAAGCUUCAGUGACAGAAUGAAGCUUUUUAAAUAGGUCAGUGUACUGUUUGAAUCUUUAGAUUUACUAGUAUUUGAGCUCCAUUGAUCAUAACUGAAGACCAUACUGUGUCACUGUUCAUGAAGCUCAGUCAUAUUGAUCCUAUAAAGAUGCUGUAUCAUAUUGGAUUAUGAAUUUCUAGGCCUCUAAAUGAUUAACAUGAUCAAACUUUGCUGUUAAACCUAUUGCACACAAUCUACUACAUGCCUUCUUUCAUCUGAUUGACAGUUUAGGCUUUCUUUUUUCCAAGUAAAAGGUCUUUUAGUAUAAUUGUACAAAUGUCCACCUUCAGCUUGUGCUUCACGUGUCUGUUCGCUAUCAAAUCCUUAACGAUUUUUAUCAAAACGUGAGAAUAACUUUGAUAUUGUUAGUAAUAUGUCAAGAUAAACACGUACUGGACUGAA